UUAAGAGGUGAGAAGGUUUUGUAGUGAGAGAAUUGUCAUCGAGUUGGAUGGAGCGGGAAAAUUGAAAAAUAAAGUCAAUUUUGUACUUCGGAGUCGUGUGGACAACUUUUUUAUGUGGUUAAUAAAGUUUUUUAAUUAAAUUUUGAAGGGUUUUUAAGUAAUUUCGGGUCAUAAAUAAUACCCACAAAUUUCUCCCUCCUUCAAUGGAAAUCGACUCCCCUCCACCCCUCUCACUCCCCUCCCUUCCCGCAUCUCCCCCAUCUACUUCAUCCACCGCAGAAUUACCCACAGAAUCCGUCGAUUCCUCAUCCUCCCUCCCCACCACUCCACCAUCCUCAUCACCCUCCACUCCUGCACCACCCCCCAUCCCCACCACCUCCUCCCCCCUCACGGACCAAACCCCCCGAGCAAAACGUCGCCUCACGGAACCCAACCGCCCCCUGAACCCCUUCGAGCGACACGCCUUCGAAGUGGAGGAUGCCCUCGCGAGAUUCGUCCAGUAUUUGGUCACCACCACCACCCUGAUAACGGACCUCCCCACCGGCACCUCCGCCAUCACCAAACUCCUCACCUCCCCCGUGAUUUCCUGCGACUGCGAAGGCGUCAACCUAGGCGAUCGGAACAACGGGAAAGUGACCCUCGUCCAAAUCAGCGACAUGACCGGGGAGGUUUUCCUCUUCGACGUCCAAACAGAACCUCUCUUGGGGGAUGAGCUUAGGAGAAUUUUAGAGUCCGAAGAGGUCGUCAAGGUGAUGCACGACUGCACGAGCGACUCCAAAGGCCUCCUCCAGCAGUUCCAAAUCCAAUUGAACAACGUGUUUGACACCCAAGCCGCCCAUCGCGUCAUUCAAAAAAGGAACUUGGGUCCGAAUGAGAAGGAGGAGAAAAAUGUGGGGCUGGAUAAAAUUUGUCGGACGUAUGGGGGGCCGCCUUCCCCUUUUAAGGAUGCCGUGAAGGGCGUCUACAAAAAGAACCAAACCUUCUGGGCGGCCCGUCCUUUGACCGAGCUGAUGAUCAGCUACGCGGCGAGCGACGUUUUGUGUUUACUCCCGGCCGUUUAUGAAAAUUUGAAAUUAGAACUCACUUCUGAGGAGGAUCUGAAAUUAUUCGGGGAGUAUUGCAAGGAGAAAGUUAAUCCGCCGGUGGUUAAUAAGACGGAGAGGAAUCAGCAGCAGCAUCAUAAUCGUGGGAAGCAGAGGGGGUUCGGGGAGCAGAGAGGUCGCGGAGGUCGCGGACGAGGAGGAUUUAAUUACUAUCGCGGAGGUGGUGACGGAUUAAACAACGGGUUUUAUUACGAUCAUUCCUUUGGUGGGUACAGCGGAGGGGAUUUGCAACAGCAGCAGCAGCAGGGUUACCAUCACCAUCACCCGAGGGGUAUGGCUGGCCGUGGUGGUCGAGGAGGGGAGUCAAGAGGCCGCUGGUCGCAGCGAUGAUGAAAAAGUGUGAUAAUUUUUAUACAACGUCGUCCAAUUAAGUAAAGAAAGGUGUUCCUAACACUGCCUUUAAAAAAAGUUACUAUUUUGCUGUGAUUUUUAUAAACUAAAAAAAUUUUUACUCUCCUCGAUCGUUGAUCGUAAAAAUCGUGCUAGAGAAAAUUCUGUUGUGAAAUUUUUUAAUCAAAAAAUACUGUUAACAAAUUCGUAAAUAACGCGAAUAAAAAUUUAGUAAAACAAAUUCCUUUAAAAA